AUGCAUUCGAAGCAGUCCGUCCAAGACUUAAAAAAUAAAUCACUUUAUAGUGCUCAAAAGGAAUACAACAAGAAAUGGGCGAACAAAUUGUCUGCACUGCAAAAUGAAUCCAUCAACUUGCGAGAGGUAGCCAACCGCGCCAUCAAGAGCUGCUUGCGAUCACGCGGUAGACCAGGUGACCAGAAAUCACCAGACAACACCGUGCCCUUCCAAAGGGUCUCUGUCUCAGGAAUACACGUCACAGGGGUACCGAUGGAAGAUUUAGUCCGCUCGGCAGCAUUGCUGGUAGAAACUUUGCACUUACGGCAACAUUACAUGGCCAUAUCCAACCAAACGUUCUGCGCAACUUUGGACAGCUUUCUCCAAGCCCACGGCUGCGAAAGACCUUAUAACUUGGAGCGUAACGUAGCGUCAAAUAUAGUGUUCGACCGACGCCUUGAAGCAGACGAAAUGGACGAUUACUUCCUUACCUCAGACCCUCCCUCUGAAGUAGAACUCCUGUGCAACAAAAGGCAUGUCAGUCCGGAACAUUCUCGAAUGAUGGCGAGCUCGAUUGGAAUGCUACGGCCGUCAGAAACCAACGUGUCGUUAGAUAGCUUCGAAGAUUUUCCAACUAUGGAAGAAAUUAUGGACCCAUGGAUGGCCCCAAUUCCACCGGACCGCAAGUACGUUUAUAAUUAUAAUCAGGGUGUGGUGCAUAUAUACAGGAAUCAGGCAGACCUUGAAGCCGAUAAGCCCAUAAACUACACUUACAUACCUUUCAAGAAGUACGUGCAGGAUUUGGAGCAAAUUGACUCCCUCAAUGAUAACGGGCCUCUUAAGUCAUAUUGCUUUCGCCGCUUGAGUUAUUUAACAUCAAAAUUCCAGAUGCAUGUGUUACUCAAUGAACUACAUGAACUGGCAUUACAAAAGGCAGUGCCGCAUAGGGACUUCUAUAAUGUCAGGAAAGUGGACACUCACAUCCACGCAGCUUCAUGUAUGAACCAGAAGCAUUUACUCCGCUUCAUCAAACGAAUGCUGCGUACGAAUGCCAAUGAAGUGGUAACACUAACAGAUGGAGUGCCCACCACACUUAAAUCUGUCUUUGAAGAGAUGAAUCUUGAUGCGUAUGAUUUGAACGUGGAUAUCCUGGAUGUGCAUGCGGACCGUAACACUUUCCACCGAUUUGACAAGUUUAAUUCAAAAUAUAAUCCUGUGGGAGAAAGCAGAUUGAGGGAGGUGUUCCUCAAAACUGAUAACUACAUGAAUGGAAGGUACUUCGCCCAAAUAAUCAAGGAGGUGAUGGUAGAUCUAGAAGAAAACAAGUACACUUACGCAGAACCUCGCAUCUCCAUCUACUGCAAGAACCCGGACGAGUGGGACAAGCUGGCCUCCUGGGCACUCAAACACAAUGUCUACUCACACCAAGUCAAGUGGCUGAUACAAGUGCCGAGGCUAUUUGACAUCUAUCGGUACAAGAAACUGAUGAAGAACUUCCAGGAGUUCAUAAGCAACUUGUUUGACCCACUGUUCAAGGUUUCCAUCAACCCCAGCAGCAACCCAGAACUUAAUAAGUUUCUUACGCAUGUGAUCGGGUUCGACAGCGUGGACGAUGAGUCGAAGACAGGGAACGCGACGCUGUCGGAGAACCUAAAGUCUCCUGAGGAGUGGGACGACGAGGUGAACCCUCCGUACGCGUAUUACCUCUACUACAUGUACGCCAAUAUGACCGUGCUCAACCAACUGAGGAAGGAACAAGGUUUAAAUACCUUUGUGCUGCGGCCUCACUGCGGUGAAGCUGGCUCGUCUGCGCAUCUGUGCUCCGGAUUUCUUCUCGCCGACAAUAUUUCGCACGGUCUUAUGCUUAGAAAGUACCCUGUGUUCCAGUACAUCUUCUACUUGUCUCAAAUCUUCAUCGCCAUGUCUCCCCUCUCCAACAACUCGCUGUUCCUCAACUACCAUCGCAACCCGCUGCCCGACUUCUUCGCGCGAGGACUCAGAGUCACGCUCAGUACUGAUGACCCGCUCCAGUUUCAUUACACAAAGGAAGCAUUGAUGGAGGAGUAUGGUAUCGCUGCGCAGGCGUGGAAGUUCAGCUCUUGCGAUAUGUGCGAGCUAGCCAUGAAUUCUGUCCUCAUGUCAGGAUUCUCACACGAGCAGAAACAACGGUGGCUAGGGCCGGAGUACAUGCAAGAGGGUCCAGCGGGCAACGACAUCACUCACACCAAUGUGCCCGAUGUCAGGAUCUCAUUCAGACACGAGACCUUGAAGGAAGAACUGGACAACUUGUUCAUGGCACCAUCACAAUAA